AUGCCCUCCACCACGUCCGCUUUAGCAUCUGCACAUGGAGUCGCUUCAUCUUCGGCUAUAGAUCCCACCCACCUGGCGCCCGAAGAUGCAUACUACAAGCUAUCGUCCGCCGGCGCGGCGAUGAGCGCGAGGAAGAGGGUGGAUAGGGCACGUAGCGCAAGUCGGAGACGGAAAGGCCACUACAAGAAGCUACUGUGGUUCAAGCAGCCUUUCCCGGACAACUACACCGACGAGAAGACAUUCCUUGAUCACCUCCAGCGCAAUCCCCGCCUGCAGCCGUACGAGUUCUGGUCUCUCAUGGCCGACUCCACUGUCAUCGUACAACAUGUGGCGUCGGUCGCCAUAUUCUGCUGCUGCUUCGUCGCCAUAUUCCAAGAACGAGUCUCGCCGCUGUCGGUAGUGAGCUGGGCGAGCUUCUGCACAUUUCUUGCCUGGGCGCUUUGGGACUACUGGAUGGGACAAGAGGAGGCGGAAGCUGCGACAGUUGCGGCAAUAGAAGACAGGAAUAAUACAAUGGAAGAGUUGUCAAGCACCAGCUCAACAGGGUCUGCGACAGAGCCUCGAGGACUGGGAUUGUUGCUUGCGGAGGACAGACACCGGCCAGGACACUCGCACAAUACCAGCGUGACCUCCAUCGCUUCGAAUGUAUCGAGCACGUCCAGAGCGGGUGGGCUCACUGUUGCGCCCAACUCUAUCACGCCCAUAUACCACCGCCCGUACGUGGACGAGACGUCGUCCCUCUCUCCUCGAAACCAGCAGCGCCUCGCGACUGCGAAGUCCGCUUUGUUGAUCUAUGCGGCGUUGCUUGGUCUGAGCCCAAUCCUCAGGUCGCUCACGGAGUCCACGACGAGCGACUCCAUAUGGGCGCUCAGCACAUGGUUGCUCUGCAUGAACGUUGCGUUUUUCGACUAUGGAGCCGCGACUGGGGCACAUCUCCCGGCCUCCAUCUCGACCAAUUCCGCCCUCAUGGCUUCUACGGUGCUCGCCUCACGCCUCCCGUCGACUACGCAUGUCUUCUCCCUCACGCUCUUCUCAAUUGAGGUUUUCGGACUCUUUCCGAUAUUUCGACGACAACUUCGUGCCAAAUCCUGGAACGGCCAUCUCACGCUUACCAUUGUGCUCGUGACGGCGGCUUCAGGCGGCCUCUUCGUGACUUUAACUGGUGGUGGCCGCGCUGCCUGCAUAGCCGGAGUAAUCUUAGGCAGCGUGUUUACCUUCCUGUGCAUGGGCGUCUGCAGCUGGUGGCUGAUCGGGCUGCAGAAGUAUAAAAAUGAAAUCCACGGGCCUUGGGAUCCAGCGAGACCGAUUAUUCGCCGGCGUUGGGACUGA